AAAGAAAAAAUAAAUUUGUAACUUCUAUAAAUAUUCGAUUUUGUUCUCUCUAAUUUUUGCACGUUUAUUAUGUAUAAAUUAAUAAAUUAUUAAACAACAUUGUUCAUUUUUUAAAAAUAAAGUCGAUCUUUUUGACAAUCCAAUAUUUAAACAGCGCCCACUUAUUCUGUGUUUGACGACUAUAUCCGUCACACACUAGAGCACACUCUGCGCACAGAUCAUCGCCACACACUUAACUGCAUAUUAUAUUUACCGAUAAAGUAAAUAGUCUAAUUCAUGAGUCAUUAGAACGAUAAACGAUCAAAAUGUUGAUGCAAAAAAGAAUUAUAAUAAUGGCAUUUGCUUUGCUAUCAUUUGCCAUAACAAAUUCAAUUAGCAAAGAGUGUAACAUCAAUGAUAGAAGAAGAGUAACGUGUCAUUGCGAUGGAAAUCAGGAAUUUUGUCUACCGAAAGAAAAGCAUUACAUGAACGCGACCAGUCUAAGUUUAUCCUCGUGUUUGACAGCAAAUCUACUUCAUACCGCUUUUAUGGAAUCUGAUUGGAUUGAGGAAUUCGUGGUUAAAAAUAUCAGUGAAAUGUUGAAUUUAGAUACGUCUUUUCAUUCAACUCAAUUGAAACGAUUCGAAUUGACGAAUAUUCAACAAAUGCCUUAUAUCAAACACGACACAUUUUUGAAUUUAGAAAACAUUGAACAUUUUGAAAUGAGAAACGUUCACGUAGAUUAUUUCGAGGAACAAUUCGUAGAAAUUAAAGUGGAUCAAUUUGUUAUGGCAAACGUUACGAUAUCGAAUAUGAAAGGAUUCAAUUUUUCGAAGAAGGGUGAAACGUUACAAAUAAUCGAUUGCGAGUUUAGAAAUGUCUCGACAAUAUUAAACUUUGGACAAUUCUCCAAAGUGGAGAUCGUUAAUUCGAAAUUUGAGUUACAGGAGCCAGGAAAUUUGAUGAUUGAAAGCGAUAUUGCAAUAGUUAGUGAUAACAUUUUUUUUAACGUUAGCAUAAAUAUAGUUGCAGUUAACAACGUAAAGAUAAAUAACAUCUGUGCAGAUGGUAAAAGUUCUCUCAGACUUUCAUCAGAUAAAAUUGAAAGUUUUAAUAACAAGUUACCGACUGAUAUCAUUUAUUCGAAAGGACAAACGUCGGAUGACGUUUUAAAAAAUAACAAUACCAUUUGCAAAGCAGGUGAUUGCAAGUGUCCAAAAAGCAAUGGACAGAAUGCAAAUCGACCGAUUACGAUCGUAUUUUUCUUUCAAAUAAUAUUAUUUUUGAUAACGUGUAUGAAUAUAUAAUUUCAAAUCUAAAUAGCUUUU